AUGGAUUUUUUUGCUGCCAAUGCAUCUCGCCUUGAGGAGCUCACAAUCGAUGUUGACUCUUUUCCCCGCCUUUUAGCCAAAUGGAGAGACCUCCAGAAAGACUGGAUGAAGGCUAGGAACUUCUUUGCGUUCAAGGUUCUCCAGUUGCAAAAGGGAAACACCGAGAGUCUCUUCCCACGACUCCGCAAGUUAUCUGUCCGUGGCAUCGGUUUCCAAUACGCUCAUACCGAGAUUGCGUAUGCCUUUCAGCUCCAUAAACUCCACGCCUUGAGACUGGAUAGCGCCCACAUUCUAAGGACAGUUGCGGAGAUUGCUGACCACAAAACGAUUCCCAUCAUCUCCCUCAUUAUUAAAGCAGACGAACAGCGGUGCCCAAUCGAACCACAGUUCUUCGCCUUGUCCAUGCCGAAUCUGAAAGAUGUAUUCAUCCGUAUAGUCGCCCCCGAUCAAACUUCGCUCACACCACAUCUAAGAUCGAUCUUCGCCCCCGGGAGAGAAAUCCGCCGAUUCGUCUACCAUCGUCACCUCUAUGUUGCGGGCGACACUGCAUCUGUGUGGGACCCAACCGUGGCCCCCAUGGUCUGGGAUACCGGGGUCGUUACCCUGCUCGGUAACGCAAAUCUCCAAUGCGUCGGGCUCUGUGACCAUUUGCCCUCCCUGAGAUUCCACCUCGUCCAAGACCCCCCCACGACCUGGGAAAUCCUCCACAUCCGCUACCUACCAACGGUGCACGAAGAGUACCACCCGCAUAAUCCCAUCUUCGACCUCGCCCGCGACUUUGAUGUUCCCUUUAACCCGCCACCAACCUCCGUAGUGGACCUGACCCCGUACAGAUCGGAAUUCACAACGGCCGAGAUGACCGAGUUCUUAGCCUUCGCCAACUGGGCUUUUGGUCCGAGCGGGCUACCGAACCUGGAGCUCUUGGUGUUUGGCCGGGUAAAUACAGUGCAUUGGGUUCAGGCCCUUGAACGGUCUCUCUUCUUAACGAGGAACAUGGAUGCUGCGACGCGCGUGAAGUAUCCGUAUCGACAGGUUGGGGCUGGUGAUGAGCGGAUCCGGACGAGGUUUGAGGACAAUGUGGAUUUUCUGACCACGGGAUAG